UCGUCAACCAUUCUACUCUUCUGGCUACUGUUGUGCCCACAACUGGAUAGCGAUGUGAGGCUACUGUUCUGCCCACAACUGGGGAGCGGAGCGGAGAUGGAACUGGAAGGCUACGUCUUCAUUGCCGGCGAGGGCUAGGAUCUUCGUCUCCGCCCAAGCUCACCCCCCCCCCCCCCCCCCCCUUCCACCCCUCCCACACCCGGCGGCGCGCGCGGCGACGGUGCCCCUCGCUCGCCGUGGACGGCCGGCGGCGACGACGAUUGGCCAUUCUAAUAAUAUCUAGGAAGGCCACCACCAAAGACAUUAGCAAUUCUCAGAAAUAAUGGCAGAGAUUGUGAUUCUUCUAGCCAUUAAAAAGAUCGGAAUCGCCUUGGCAUGUAGAGCGGCAAACCAAGCCAACGUGCAGUUUGGGAAGUACAAAGCACAACUACAAGAGCUACAUGGUAGUAUGGGUCGUGUUGCGAGGGAGCUUCGCAUAAUGCAUGAUGUGCUCUGUCACAUGGAUAUUCGAAACCGCAACAAUCAAGUUUAUGACGGCUGGUUGGAGGAGGUACAGAAAGUAGCACAUGUGAUGGAGGACAUGGUGGAUGAGUACUUAUAUCUAGUUGGUCAGGAACAUGAUAUGGGCUCUUGUUUUUACCUGAAAAAGGGCUUCAGAAAAUCCAGAUCUCUGCUUUCUAUGAACCAGUUAGCUUUCAAGGUGAAGGAAAUAGAGAAAGACCUUAGUCACCUAUCAGAGACAAACAAACGUUGGGUUCCCAUGACAAUCAGCGGGGCCACCAGCAGCUGUGAUUACAUUGUCAAGAGGGGCCAAGAUCUAGCAAAUAUUUCACGUUCCCUUGAUGAAGAAGAUCUUGUGGGGGUGGAUGAAAACAGAGAAAAACUUGAGCAGUGGUUGGCAGAUGAUGAUUUGGAACGCUCGGUCAUAGCGCUGCUUGGAAUGGGAGGGCUUGGUAAAACAACUUUAGCUGCAAAUGUCUACAGGAAUGAGAGAAAUAAAUUCCAAUGCCAUGCCUGGGUCUCCAUCUCUCAAACUUAUUCUAGAGAAGCUGUCUUGAGGAAUAUAUGCAAGGAACUUUUGAAAGAUGAUGUCAGUGUUCUAUCUAAAUCUGCAGCUAUGGACAUCACAUGCCUUGAAGAGACGCUGAAGAGUUUUCUGGAGCAACGAAAGUACUUGAUCAUAUUCGACGAUGUUUGGACUCCAGAAACAUUUGAUGAUUUGUCUAGGAUGCUCAUUCAUAAUGAUAAGGGAAGUAGACUGAUAAUCACAACCAGGGAAGGCGAUGUUGCUGCACUUGCCUCUCCACGACAUAUCUUAACACUAGAAGCUUUACCAGAAGAUAAGGCAUGGGAUCUCUUUUGUAAAAAAAUAUUUCCAAAAGAAACAAAUCAUGAUUGUCAUGCGGAGCUAAAGCCUUUGUCCAGAGAAAUAGUUGGCAGGUGUAAAGGCUUGCCUCUUGCUAUUGUGUCAGUUGCUGGCCUCUUGCGUGUGCGUGAGAAAACUGUGGAAGAAUGGAGAAGAAUAAAUAACCAAUUGAGCUGGGAGAUAAUUAAUAAUUCAAGGCUCGACCACAUAAGGAAUGUUUUGCAUCUGAGCUUCAUCUACCUUCCAACACACUUGAAAAGUUGUUUUUUGUACUGCAGCCUAUUUCCAGAAGACUAUCUUCUCAAAAGGAAACAGCUUGUAAGGUUAUGGAUAGCAGAGGGGUUCAUCGAGGGGAGGGGUGGAAGCACAUUAGAAGAAGUAGCAGAAGGCUAUCUGAAGGAGUUGGUUGAUAGAAACAUGCUACAACUUGUCGAGAUGAACUCAUUUGGUAGGAUAAAAGAAUUCAAAAUGCACGAUAUAUUACGUGAACUGGCAGUUGAUUUGUGCCAGAAGAACUGUUUUGGCGUUACACAAGAGGCUAAAUGUGAGGGGUCUCUUGAGAUGGAUGGACGCCGAUUGAUACUUGACAAAAUAAACAAUGAUGUUCAACAGUCAUUUUCUGGUUUACACCAACUUCGAAGUGUGAUUACAUCAGGCCAUGGUAAGUCACCAUUCACUCUACUACCUCUCCUAUGCAAGGAGUCAAGAUAUAUGACAGUGCUAGAAUUAAGUGGUAUACCCAUCAAGAAGAUUCCAGAUGCUAUUGGAGAUCUUUUUAAUCUCCGCCAUUUGGGUUUGCGUAAUUCAAAGGUGAAAAUGCUCCCGAGGUCUGUUGAGAAGCUUUCAAAUUUGUUGACACUAGACCUUUGUAAAUCUGACAUACAUGAGUUGCCUAGUGGGAUUGUGAAACUUAAGAAGCUCAGGCACUUAUUUGUUGAGAAAAUAAUGGAUCCAGAUUGGAGAAACAUCAAUCAUCUCAGUGGUAUGUGUAUCCCCAAUGGACUCGGGAAUCUAACAAACCUGCAAACGCUACAAGCAUUGCAAGUACAGGAUGAGUCCCUUAGACAUCUAGGGGAGCUGAGGCAACUGAAAAGCUUGAGGUUAUUGAAUGUGAAGGGAAUCUACUGCGGACGCAUCAGUGAAUCUCUAGUUCAAAUGCGGCAUUUGUCCUUGCUAUCUGUGAAUGCAAGUGAUGGAAAUGAGGUUCUCUUGUUGAAUGUUCUCCUGCCAAGCCUGCAAAAGCUAAGAUUGAGAGGACGGCUAGCGGAAGGUGCGUUGGACGAGUCUCCUCUCUUCCAAGCUGUCGAAGGGCAGAAUUUGUAUGAAUUAGUUCUAUCUUGGUCACAGCUGACAGAAGACCCCUUGCCAUCCCUUUCUCGGUUGUCAAGCUUGACGCGUCUACAUUUCACUAGAGCAUACACCGGAGAGCAUUUGUCACUUCUCACGGGGUGGUUUCCCAAGCUAAAGGUUCUCUCUCUAACAGACCUGCCUAAUUUGAAACGCCUAGAGAUACAGCAAGGUGCCAUGGGGUCCCUGGAACAUUUAUUCCUAAUCAGACUCAGCAGCAUGACCGAGGUCCCACCUGGCAUUGAGUUCGUCAUGCCCCUCGAGUAUCUAGGCUUCCACGAAAUCACGGGCGACUUCUUGUCAUUGCUGCGCCAUUGUUCUGCGAUUCGAGGGACGCGGUUGAGGUACUCUCUGCGAGAUUGAGCUACCACUGCUCUGGAAAUGUGUGGGUGUCACCGGCCGGAAGGGAGAUGCUUCCACUUUUGGGUUUCCUCUGUUUCUUCGAGAUGGGCUACUGCACUUUCUGCUGUUAGUUCCACUUCUACUUACGGUGCUUCACUUCUGCUGCAACCGCCUGCAUUUCGUAAUGCUAGUGUUGAUCGUGUGCUCGGUUGUCGGCUGUGCCUGUUAAGACGCGGGUGAGCUGUGUUUCCAUGUUCAGACUACUGCAGCGCUUGCUGCGAGUCCCACAUCCCGCUGUUGUUCGUGUGCUUGUCAAGUAUGAUAAUAUUUCCUGUUAGUUAUUUCCCCUUGUGGCUUACAAAUAAGGCGACAGUUACUGUAAGACCGAGAUUGAGUCUUCUUUUCAUAUUGCAUUUUCACGAUACCAUCCCUGAAGUAUGUAGUGCUAUUCGUGUGUGCUAUUUCAGCUGCGGAUGUUAAACUUAAACACUUUGAUUUGCGCUUAAUAAUGCUCGGGUAUUCAUUUCCGUUGUGAUA